GGGCGCGGGUCACCUCCGGGCCGGGAAGAUGGCCCAGAGGCUGGCGCUGCGGCGGCUGCUGUCCCUCACCCCGCGGGGUCCCCCGGCAUCCCCCGGCAGGGCCUUUGGCACCUCGGCGGGCCGCAGGAGCACCUUCAAUGUGCAGGAUGGCAGCGACUUCCAAGACCGAGUGGUGAACAGCCCCAAACCCGUGGUGGUGGAUUUCCAUGCACAGUGGUGUGGUCCCUGCAAGAUCCUAGGCCCCAGAUUAGAGAAGAUGGUGGCCAAGCAGGAGGGGAAGGUGGUGAUGGCCAAGGUGGACAUUGAUGAUCACACAGACCUUGCUAUCGAGUACGAGGUGUCAGCAGUGCCAACUGUGCUGGCUAUGAAGAACGGAGACGUUGUGGAUAAGUUCGUGGGCAUAAAGGACGAGGAUCAGCUGGAGGCAUUCCUCAAGAAACUCAUUGGAGCCUGAAGUAAAAGGGUGGCUUGUACCUCUCCUCUGGACAUGUCCAUGUUGUGCAUUCCUUGCCUGGGAGAGCUGAGGGCAGGUCAACUCCCUACCCUUUACAUCCUGGGGGUUUCUUCUGGUCUGGUGAUUUUAGGAGAUGGACAGUGUUGUAACCCUUCCCUCCCUCUCCCCCUUCUCGUGAGCAGCAGUAGUUGUAAAGGGCGCUGAGGAGCAGGGCUGCUUAUUCUCAAAAUGGGGAAUGUGGCUGGAAUUAGGAGCCUGUGUUUAUCAGCCAAGAGCUGACGUGCAGAGCUGCUGCUGCUGAGUUAAGAGGAGGAAUGUUUUCCUCUUUGCCUCACGUCUGAUAGCCCAGAGCAGAGGGCAGCUGCUCCCUACAAGAUGAUGGUACAUACCUGCCCCGGGUGGGUUCAUUUAAAGCUGAGAAUGCCUCUGCCUUGCCUGUGAAACUUGUCUCUUUGUUUCUCUGCCCUUAUGUUGCGGGGACAGGUACAACUCCUCCACAAAUCCAUGGGCUCCCGUCAUAAUUUUAUAAGAGAAAAUAUAAAGAAGUAUUUUAUGGAUCUCCUUUUGUAUGCCUGCAAUAGAGAACUUUAUCAGUCACUGCUGUCUGGCUGGAGAAUAAAACUUGAGUCUCAGAAAUCACA